AUGUUCUACAUGCAGCUGCUUAUGAAUAAGCGUGGGCCUUUGUCCAAGAUAUGGCUGGCUGCUCACUGGGAUAAGAAAGUCACAAAGGCUCAUAUAUUUGAAUGCAAUUUAGAAGCUACCAUUGAAAAAAUACUGUCCCCUAAGUUUAAAAUUGCUCUUCGUACCUCGGGACACCUUUUGCUAGGAGUGGUGAGGAUCUAUCACAGAAAGACCAAGUAUCUUUUGACAGACUGCAGUGAAGCCCUACUUAAAAUGCAAUCAACUUUUCAACCAGGGCUGGUUGACCUUCCAAAAGGAAAUUCUGAGGCAAAUUAUGAUGCCAUCACACUGCCUGAAGAAUUUUAUGAUUUUGACAGUCAACUUCCAGACACGAAUGCCAUUGAGGUUACGGAAUAUUUUACAUUGCAUCAGAGCAAAACUGAGGAUAUCACAUUGACAGAAUUUUAUGGGCAGAAUGUUCUCAACAGUGGCAAUUUUGAUGAAGAAAUUGAAAUUCCAAGGCACGCUAGCUUUUUCAGUGACAGUUUCAUAAAUAGCUCCAAUAGCCUCUUGGCUGAUCACAGUUCUUCGAAUUUAACUGGAGACAAAAUUGCAUUAGAGUAUGAUGGAUUUGGAGAUGAAGGAGCUGGAAGAGAUAUGAUUGAUGAUGUUCUUGGAAAUGACCAGAGUGGCCUCCUUGCAAUAUUUGACAUGGAAGAGGAACUUCCUUUACCGCACAAAGAUUCAACUGAUAACAGAAAAGCUCUCCUAAAGAAACAAAGAAGCAAAAGGAAGAGGAAGUUACUUGUUGACACAGUGAAGCAGCUCAGCAGAGCCGCCAUGCAAAAGCAGCUGACGAGUUACGAGGAUACGCUAGCCACGUUGCACAUCGCACCUCCAACCAGAAAGCUGAUGGUUUUGCAAGAGUUGGGCAGUGUAGACAAACUUAUGACCAGACCCACCCAACCUACCUUUAGUGAAGAUCUGCAGAGGGGAUCCCUGACAAGUAAUUUGGACAAUGAAGAACAAAGAAGAAGUAAGAGAACAUUAAAGCUAUUAAAUACUUUCCGGCACUUCGAACAGCAAGGUGCAAAGUCCUUCAGCUUUCUCUCCCUCUGCAAGGACCAGAACAAGAAAGAGGUGGCAGAGAACUUCUACAGCUUGCUGGUUCUCCAGAAACAACGAGCGAUUGAGCUGGCCCAGUCGGCUCCUUACGCCGACAUUAUAGUGACUGCGGGACCCAGGUUUCGUACUCUCUGA